UCUCUGAGAAAUUACCCACAAUGGCAUCUACAACACAUGGCAACUACAUCACGCAUCUGGAUAUGUCCCUCAAUAAAACUGAGGAGAAAGAGCUCAAAUCACAUGGCUUCAAGAAAAUAGAUGUUGAUCUGAAUGAAGGGGCAGGAGGAAAACAAAUCUACAUUUGGUACAAAAAAGAAAGCGGUGUACCACCAAUCACCAGGCUUCAAGUCACAUUCAACAGUGACAUGAUUGCUGGAUUGAGAGAGGCAGGAUACACAAAGAUCGAUAAAGAUCUCAAUGCUGGAGCUAGAGGUGAUAACAUCUACCUUUGGUACUUUAGUGGGUGCGACAAAGACUACGAUACUCCCAUAGUGGACAUGGAUGUCACUAUAGAUGCAGUGCCUGACAGCCAGAAGUUUGGCUCUGGCUGGGAGAGACUGGCCUGCGAUCUGAACCGCAAGGCUGGAGGGAACUGGAUUCACGCCUGGGUGAAGAGAGAGAGACAAACAUACAUCUGUGACGUCGCUGCCACUCAAACCUCCAUAUUAGACCUCGAUCUCUUUCAGGAUGGUUACAUCCGUGUGGAUGAAAAUACUAAUAGGGGUGCAGGAGGAGUCUUUCUUUUCAUCUGGUACCGUCAGACCACUGACCCCAAGCUUGCACUCAAUGAUCUGCAAAUCUCCACUAAUGAUAGUCAGUUUCACGACCUUAAGAGUAAAAAUUACAAGCAAGUUAGUGUUAAUCUCAACGAGGGGACUAAAGGUAACGAGGUGUACCUGUGGUUCAAGCAAGAUGAAUUUAAAAAACCCAUUAAGGCCAUCACCGUGCUUGUCAACUCAGAUGCUAUGAAGGCGUAUGACGACGCUGGGUUGAAUGUUAUCAAAAGAAAUCUCAACACAGGCAAUAAAGGCACAACCGAAUACUUGAGUGUUCACAAUCAGUGAAGACCUGAGAAAGCCUCCAUGGUAGCAGAGCAGAGGAUUCUCAACACUCACUGAAGUUGAAAGUCCAACAAUCAUUUUUUAUCUUUUUUCUUUUUCAUCGUCUAUAAAACAAUCUUUCAUAUCACUGUUGUAUUACUGGUAAUACUAUCAAUAGGUGAUGGGUUUGAUAGCUUAAUUUGCUGUCAAUCAAUUUAAAAUGGCAGUUUUUUCAACAUUGAUUACAACAUUAAUGAAAGAUUGAAU